UCGGUACUUACCGUGUGCCCCCCGUUUGGAUCGGUCGCUCCUUCGAGGGGGUCUCUCUGUAUUCGAUCGGUGCACGAGCCGGCUGGCCGUGUGCAUUAUAGAUGCACGGAGCUGCUGUGUUCGCCGGUACACCGUACAAAGCGUUUCCAACCGAAAUUCUAUUUUGUUUACGCGUUCGAACAAACGGGUGUGAUCGUCGAGAAUGACCUUGCAUGAGAGAGUCCGGUGUCGGUUACCACUCACCCUUCGCGUUAUGGGAGAGAGAAAGAUCAGUUCUCGGUAAUCGCGUUCGCCGAACAACACGGAUCAUGUAACCAGUGGUGUACCAAUUUCUUUUUCCUUACUGGGCCAAAUUAAAUAUAAGCAAAACGUUGCCUUCGAUCGCAGCUUCAUCGAAGAGAUCGACAUGUGCCCGCGGUCCAAUGUGUUGCUGUUGGUCCUGGCGAUAAGCUCCAUCAGUUUGCAGCAGCCGAUCUUCUUCGCGAACAAGUUCAAGGGGCUGCACGGCGUCACGCUCAGGACCAAUAUGCUCGACAGGGGCGAAAUAACGGCGGUCUAUUAUCACGAUCAGACAGUAGCUGUCGUCGAGAUCGGUACCAACAACGAGCUGCACGAUUGCAACCUGAUCGAAGUGUACGAACCCGACGAGGCCAACGAAAUUUUGAGAAACCUGUCGUCGACGACUAUUCCGCAAUCGGUCUCGUUCAAAGAAUUAACGAGGUUGAUGCUACAGUGCGAGCUGUUGGACAAAAUACAACAUAACGCUUUGGUCACUUCGACGAUGGGUACUCUGAGUAGAGGUAACCACGUAGUGAGUAAUUCCCUGUCACUUCUUUCGGGUAUUCUGCCAGGGACGAAGUGGUGCGGCACCGGCGACAUCGCCGAGAACUAUCACGAUUUAGGCCACGAAGUCGAAAUCGACAGAUGCUGUCGUACUCACGAUCUGUGCCCGGUUAAAGUUCGCGCCCAACGGACGCGAUACAAUCUUACCAACUACUCUUUGUACACUAAAUCGCACUGCGUCUGCGACGAGGCGCUGUACAAAUGUUUGAAAGCUGCCAAUCAUCCAACGGCGAAUAUCAUGGGCCACAUAUAUUUCAAUUUAGUCAAAGUGUCCUGCAUAGAGGACGUAACGGGGAACGAACGCACUUCCAUAGGGCCAGUACGACGAUUUAUUCCCGUUAAAAUGAAUUUCUGAAGUGAAUUUGCUUUCGCCGUGAGUCACCAAAUUUGAACGCAGUUUGAUUCAAAUUUUACUAUUUUUGUAUUAAAGGUAUUGCGGAAUUUUCGUAGGGUAUACAACCGGGGAGGGGAAUUUUAAUAUCCAUAACUAUUAUUAACGUCAUAUGUAGGGUGUUCGUUCGAGAACUUUACGUCCAAAUAUCUCGAAAAAUUCAGUUUCUAAUGAACACCCUAUAUGUAAAUAUUGUAGACAAUACGUAGUAAGUCCUCGACUUGUAAGUCGAAUUGUACAAAUACGACAUAGUGUCGAGUAAUCGUUGCUUAAAAAAAUUGUUAGUUGUGGGCCUUUUACAAAGGCCGACCAAAAACAUUCGACCUAAUACGACUUGCAACUUCUUCCAGGACACUUAUUUUCCUUUCUCUGCACAAUAUACAUAUUUGGUAUACAAUCUCAGCUGAACUUUAUUUAAUAUGUAAAUACACGCGUAAAAAAAUAUGUACAAAGACGUAGGUGACACUGGAACCGCGUGAGUCAAAGACUCGCAGUAUUAAAAAG